CUCUACCGGGCUCGGCUCGGUUCGGUUCGGCCCGGCCCGGCCCGCCCCGCUCCGCUGCAGGGGCGCACGCCUGGGGCCGGGGCCGGGUCUGGGACGCGCAGCGCGGGCCUGAUCCGGAGCUGGGAGCCGUCUCCAGGCCCCGUCCCGAGCCUGAGGCGGGGCCCGCGCGGCCGGAGGAUCCCGAGCCUGUCCGGUGCCAAGGAUGUUCCCGCAGAACCGGCCCCCGGCCCAUCUCCAGGCACCCUCUGCUGCUUCGGGAGCCGCUGUUGCUGCCAGUGCCAUCCCCAGCACCCCCCAGUCCCUCAAACUGACUUACCCAGAGACCUUGGACCGCAUCAAGGAGGAAUUCCAGUUCCUGCAGAACCAAUACCACAGGUGGUUUUCUUGGCUUGUGCUGAGAGAUUGGAUUGAAGCUGAGAGCAGGAGGCUGAAGCAUGUGGUGCACUGGGAGGGCUCAAUGCUCUGUCCAGCCAGGGAGAUCCUGUCAGUGGGGGGACCAGGGGGGUCGUUCCCUCUCCCUUCCUCUCCUCUCUAUUUUUACAGCUUGAAGUUAGAAUGCGAAAAACUGGCAACAGAAAAAACAGAAAUCCAGCGUCAUUAUGUCAUGUACUAUGAGAUGUCCUAUGGCCUGAACAUUGAGAUGCACAAACAGACAGAGAUCGCCAAGCGGCUCAAUGUGAUCUGCGCUCAGCUCAUCCCGUUCCUAUCUCAGGAGCACCAGCAGCAAGUGGUCCAGGCUGUGGAGCGUGCGAAGCAGGUGACUAUGACCGACCUGAACGUGGCAAUUGGGCACCAGCUCCAGACGCAGCACCUUUCGCACCACACUCCCCCCAUCCCGCUGACCCCCCACCCCUCUGGGUUGCAGCCCACUGGCCUUGCUGGCAUCAGCAGUGCCUCAGGGCUGCUGGCGCUCUCAGGGGCACUGGGGGCCCAGGCCCAGCUCCUCACCAAGGAUGACCGAGGAGUCCCUGACACGGAGCCCAGGGCGACAGACCGAGACUCCGGCCCCAGCUCCCUGGCACUGCCAAAUGGGGAGCGGGCGCGAGCCAUCGCUGAGUACCUGAGCAGCAGCAAGAAGAGGAAGGUGGAGGAGAAGGACUUUGUUACAGACUACGGCAGCGAUGCAGACAAAAGUGAGGACAACUUGGUGGUGGAUGAGGACCCCUCUUCGCCGCACAGCGUCCACUCCUACUCGUCCCGGGAAAACGGGGUGGAGAAGGUCCCACUGGGGAGGAAGGAGACCAUGCCACUCAGCCCAACCUCCAUGGCCUCCUCCAGCAGCUCCCCAUCUCGGAGCAAGGAUGCACCCACAGUGGAGAAGGCAGGGACGCCCAACCUGAAGUCCAGCACCCCCACUUCCCAGGGUGACACCACGGCCCCAGUCUCCGGUGGGGCCCAGCAGUUUCGCCCUGCUGCUGCCAAGGCCCCCAUAGACCCUCUGGCCCUGGGCCUGAGGAAUCCACUGGGAGUGCAGAGUCCCUACUCGGCUGCCUUUGGCUUGGCCCACCCUGCAGUCAAUGGGGACGUGGCCGGGACUGGCGCCUAUGCCAGCCUCCACCUCAUGUCCCCGCAGCUCAACGGGGCUGCAGCCGCCAUGGGAGCCAGCAGCUACGGACGCUCCCCCCUGGUGGGCUACGACCCACACCCCCACAUGCGCAUCCCUGGGCUGGUGGCCGGCAUACAAGUGGGGACCUCGGGGAAGCCUGCCUACUCCUUCCACGUCAGUGCCGAUGGGCAGAUGCAGCCGGUGCCUUUUCCACCUGACGCACUCAUCGGCUCCGGCAUCCCCCGCCACGCACGGCAGCUCCACACCCUGACCCACGGCGAGGUGGUCUGCGCCGUCACCAUCAGCAACUCCACACGACACGUCUACACGGGGGGCAAGGGCUGUGUGAAGGUGUGGGACGUGGGGCAGCCGGGCACCAAGACAGCCGUGGCUCAGCUGGACUGCCUAAACCGUGACAACUACAUCCGCUCCUGCAAACUGCUCCCGGACGGCCGGAGCCUGAUUGUGGGGGGGGAGGCCAGCACCCUCUCCAUCUGGGACUUGGCGGCCCCCACACCCCGCAUCAAGGCUGAGCUCACCUCCUCUGCCCCCGCCUGCUACGCUCUGGCCAUCAGCCCUGAUGCCAAAGUCUGCUUCUCUUGCUGCAGCGAUGGCAACAUUGUGGUGUGGGACCUGCAGAACCAGACCCUGGUCAGGCAGUUUCAAGGCCACACGGAUGGUGCCAGCUGCAUCGACAUCUCCAAUGAUGGCACCAAGCUGUGGACAGGGGGGCUGGACAACACUGUGCGCUGCUGGGACCUGCGGGAGGGGCGGCAGCUGCAGCAGCACGACUUCAGCUCCCAGAUCUUCUCCCUGGGGUACUGCCCAACAGGAGAGUGGCUGGCGGUGGGGAUGGAGAGCAGCAACGUGGAGAUCCUGCACGUCACCAAACCUGACAAGUACCAGUUACACCUCCACGAGAGCUGUGUUCUCUCCCUCAAAUUCGCCUCCUGUGGGAAGUGGUUCGUGAGCACGGGGAAGGACAACCUACUGAACGCCUGGCGGACGCCCUACGGAGCCAGCAUCUUCCAGUCGAAGGAAACCUCCUCUGUCCUCAGCUGUGACGUCUCCACGGAUGACCAGUUCAUUGUGACUGGCUCGGGGGACAAGAAAGCUACAGUUUAUGAGAUCAUUUACUGAGCACAAGAGGUGCCAACUGCGGGACAGGUGGACAUCCAUGUGGAUGGAUAGGUGGACUCCACCUGCCCUACUGCUGACUUCCCAAAGAACAUGCAGCCUGUGGCCACAGCAUCGCAGCUGGAGGAGAGCGGAGAGGGGUGAAGGUGGCCCUGGGACUGUGGCCAGGCAUCGUGGGCUGCUCGGGGUGGAUUUUCUGGGGACUUUCUCCUUGCUUUGUUCUUUGUCAGCUUCUUUCUAAAUCUAGACUAUGGGACUUGGAGGAGGGGGGGCCAUCUGGCAUUGUUAGGGCUUUUGUUGGGGUGGGUUUUUAAUUUUGUUUGGUUUUAACAGUUUGUUGGGGGGGGUAUUUUGUUGGGGUCUGGGUCUGCUGAGGCGGAUGGGCGCUGGCCUCAUUUCCCUCUGUGCCUGCCAGGGUAUAUUUAAUAAUAAAAACAAACAAAAAAAAGCUGUGCCUUG